CCUCAGUUCCCAAGAUUUCUCUCUUCGGUGUCCACAUUCUCUCGAGAUUACGGUUUCUCUUGCCAGCCGUUCUGCAUUGUUCUCCGUCCAUUGAAGAGAGGAAAAGUUCAAGGGUUUCGUAGAGACGGUAAUGACUGAUAUUUCGAUUACGGGUUCAUGAAGAAUUGGUUGCGAAGUACAAGUCGGAGCUUUAGAUUGUGAUUGUUAGCGCUUUAAAUUUUGCAGAUGGCCCGUACAAAGCAGACUGCUCGCAAGUCCACCGGCGGUAAGGCUCCUAGGAAACAGCUUGCUACCAAGGCUGCUCGCAAAUCAGCCCCGACUACCGGAGGGGUGAAGAAGCCCCAUAGAUACCGCCCUGGAACUGUUGCUCUACGAGAAAUCCGCAAGUACCAGAAGAGUACAGAGCUCUUGAUCAGGAAGCUCCCAUUCCAAAGGCUAGUCCGCGAGAUUGCACAGGAUUUCAAGACUGACCUGCGUUUCCAGAGCCACGCGGUGCUGGCAUUACAGGAGGCGGCCGAGGCGUACCUCGUUGGACUGUUUGAAGACACUAACCUCUGCGCCAUCCAUGCCAAGCGUGUUACCAUCAUGCCCAAGGACAUUCAGCUUGCCAGGAGAAUCCGGGGUGAGAGGGCUUAGGAGGUUCUUCUGCUUCAGGAUAUGUUUGUUACCGUAAGGACUUGCAACGUUUUGCCACUUUUGGGUUAUUUUGCGUGUGAAUGACUCUGUUGAAUCCAUUUUCUAAUCUCCUUCAAAAUGAAUACUUUUGCCACAAAGGAUCGUUGUAACCUAAUGCUUUUGGAUCAGUUUCACUCUAAUUCACCCAUUAGAACUUCCUGUGA